UGGGCACUGGUGGGUGGCACUGAUGGGCACAGGUGGGUGGGCACAGGUGGGUGGCACUUCUGGGCACAGGUAGGCGCACUGCUGGGCACAGGUAGGUGCACUGCUGGGCACAGGUGGGUGCAUUGCUGGGCACAGGUGGGUGCACUGCUGGGCACAGGUGGGUGGAACUUGUGUGUGGCACUGCUGGGCACCGAUCAUCAGGACACUGGUGAUCAGUGAACCUGAUGAUCGGUGCCGAUCCCCGCUCUGACAACUGCCGGUUUUCGGCAGUACUUUCCUCACGAUCUGACAGCGUGAGGAAAGUGCAGCUGAGAACCGGCAUUUGCAU